ACAACAGCAACAACAACAACAAAGCGAAAAUAAAACAAAUUAAACGGCGUUGCCGUGGACACAGAUAAAUCAGUCAAGAACUAAAUACAAAUAUUUUUUUCUCUUACAUACGCGACAAGUGGCAAGUGUUAAUACAAACAUCCAUGCACACGAGUACACACAUACAUAUGUAUGUAUGUAAAGAAGAGCAAGCCUACCGCAGAGGCCUCAUGCAUACCAAGCGGAUAAUGGAAAAAUUUCACUUUUCACUUUUCACACCCCCACACACACAUUGGUGAGCUCACGCCAAAACAUACUACUCAACUCACGUUGAAACAAUCAAUUGAAGAGCUAAGGAAAUAACGAAAGAAAGAAACAUAAAUUCGACAAAAACUAAAAAGGAAAAGACAGAAAGGAAAAAAAUAGAAUAAAAAUAGGAAGUGUGCAGAAAUAAAUAAAAAAAAAUUCGCGUGCAUUCAAUAUGUUUAUGGGCGUGUGUAUGUGUAUGCAAGUGAAGACUUUGUGUUAGAAAUUGUACUUCCGCAGUUGGCGUUGUUGCACUUCAUUCUCAAACACCACCCACAAGGCAGCUAAGAAAUGAUGUUGCACGAAGCGGUUAUGCUGGAAAUAUAUAGGCAGGCGCUCACGGCAAGCGAGUUGACCAGCCCGCGUUGUCAAUCACGAGAAUCGAAUGUCUCCGCAGCGGCUAUGGAGGGACGUUGUCCUUCGAACGGCUCGCAUUGCUCCGGCAAUGAGCGUUCCGCCACUCCAGCUACGUGUUCUCUACCGAACACACCGCCCGCGGGUCUACCUUUGCCGGCGACACUAGCACCAGCUGCCGCAGCAGCUCUGUUGCCACCACAAUCUGCUGCUAUGGCUGCCUAUUUCAAUGCCGCAGCAGCAGCAGCAGCAGCUCAACAAAAUCACUUGCUGCUAACCAAUCCACUGGCCGCCGCAGCUACGCUCGUACAGCAGGCAACACGUACGCAUACACCAACAACAAAUCAUCAGCCAGCGACUCCCACCUCACCAACACAAACGGAAGAGCAGACAACAGGCGAUGAGCCAAUAUUGGAUUUUAGCACCAAACGCCGACAGCAAUCCAUACGCGAGAGUGAUGAUGAUGAAGAUGACAAUGAUGAGAAGGCGGACGAUGAUAACUGCGUGCUGGGUAUGGAGGGUGCAGAUGGUGGCUCGGAGACCAAUAGUCCGCUUGAUUUGUCAGUUGGCCGCAAACGCGAGGCAACCGAUGAGGAACCAACACACAUGCCAAUGCGUAAAACCCUGCGUACCGCACUACCGAACGCAGCGGCUAGCAAUUGGGUGCCACCAAUAAAUCCGUAUUUAGCCGCAGUGGCGGCGGCUAGCUUAUCGCCAAAAUCGCCACUCUCACCACUCGAAUGGAGUGGCAAGCACAAGCUAAUGCCAAAUGAAGCUACCAAAGCGUUAGAGAAAAUGACUGAAAUGACAAGACUUGGCUCGGCUACCGACAGUGCCGAGCUGCCGACGCAUCGGCAAGUGAAUGCAACAGCCCAAAACAGCGGUGUCAACCAAGGCGGCAAUGGCGGCCGAUACAGUGCGUGGCAGUCGCAUUGGUUAAAUAAGGGUGCCGAUGCCGUGCGAGAUGUCUUCAAGUGCGUUUGGUGUAAGCAAAGUUUUCCCACACUAGCCUCGUUGACCGUACACAUGAAGGAGACGCAACACUGCGGUGUCAGCAUGCCAACAACGGGUGCUACUAACGUGUCCAGCAAUGGCAGUGGCAACAAUCAGACAACUCAAUCGACACAUCAGCUACGGCUACGUCACUCCACAAAUGCGGGCACAUCGGUGGCAACAGCUGCCGGUGCCGCCGUCACAUCGCACACAACAAGUACCGCUGGCUCGUCCAUCUCGUCUACUGGCAAUAAAUCUGAUCUCAAUUUGCUAAUCAAAGAAACGAUGCCAUUGCCACGCAAACUUGUACGUGGCCAAGAUGUCUGGCUCGGCAAGGGCGCAGAGCAAACACGUGAAAUACUGAAGUGUAUGUGGUGUGGACAGAGUUUUCGUUCGUUAGCCGAAAUGACAUCGCACAUGCAGGAGACGCAACAUUACACGAACAUAAUAUCCCAAGAGCAGAUCAUUUCGUGGAAGUCGACGGAUGAUAAAAACUCGACUAGCGGCAGCUCCACAUCUACGAAUGGCGGUACAUCGUCAACAUCACCUGUGGUGACAACACCACCAUCGUCUGGCAUCGGCGGUGCUCAAGCAGCGGCCGCUGUGCUAAACAGUCCCAGCCAUAACAACAACACAUCGGCUACUGUUUGUGCCGUGCUAACAUGCAAGGUGUGCGAUCAAGCUUUCGCCACGCUCAAGGAGCUAAGUAAUCACAUGAUGAAAAACUCACACUAUAAGGAGCAUAUGAUGCGUGCCAUCGGCGGUGUGGAGCAUGCACAAAUGACGCCGACAAGCGCGGCAACAGCAACAACAACAGCGUCGCGUCGUGGCGGUGGCGGACGCCAGUUGCGUGAAAAGCGUAAAAAAUCUUUACCCGUGCGUAAAUUGCUGGAGCUGGAGCGUGCACAACAGGAUUACAAAAAUAAUGGUCUCGAUCCGGCAUUGAAGCCGUUACGUGACUUUACCGCUAGCACGAAGAUCACAUGCGAAAAGUGUGGUGAGAAGAUCGAGACGGCGUUAUUUGUUGAUCACAUCAGACAAUGUUUGGGCGGAAUGCUAAUGGUGCCCGCACGCAAACACAAUCAGAACAGCAGCAGCGAGGCUAUGAAGUCCACCUUAAAUGCAAUGGAACAGCUGAUUAGUCCGCAAACCCCGACGAGCCGCAGUGAUGGUCGUCAGACAGCCGAUAGCACUGUGUCACAUGCAUCAGUCACACGGCCCGACAUUCUCUGCCCGUUACCCAAAGAAGGAGAAAAGUUGAGUGCAAGUUCCACGCCCUCAGUGCUGAAUGCCAUCGAGCAGUUGAUUGAAAAGAGUUUUGAUACGCGUGGUCGGAAUAGCGGUUCGUAUGCCGGCAAUGGUACAGGCAGUCAGCGUAGCACACCUUUGGGCUCGAGUAUUUUGAAGCGACUCGGUAUUGACGACACUGUGGACUAUACUAAGCCACUAAUAGAUCCACAGACUAUGCAUUUUAUGCGUUCGUACUCAAGCUACUCGGCGCGCGAUCGCAGUGCCAGUGAGUCAAGCUCGAUUUCCGAACGCUGCAGCAGUCGCAUAGAAUCAUUUACGCCCGAUCGUAAUGGUGUAGAACGUGGUCGGCAGCCGACACCGCGUUUAACGCCAGAAAAGUUGAAAACGAAUCCGGAUGAUGGUGCAGAAAGAGAAGCAAGCAAUGCAAUGGACACUGAAAUGUUGAAUAUUAAAUCUGAGCCGGUUGAAACAUCCAAUGAGCCACAAGAAUUAACAAUGAUUAACAAAGAGGACGAGGAUGCCGACGCCAUAAAUUUGUCAACUCAAAAAAUUUCCGUCAAAAAAGAGUUCAAUAUGAUUGACAACCACGAUGAGGAGCGCCCGUCCAGCGACAGUUUACACUAUAAGCCACAAGCGCAGACGCCAGGCUCUCGCGCCACAAGUCCCAGUGCCAGCGAACGCUCAAUUACGCCCAAAUCCACAUCUUCUUCGGCUGAUAAGCGAUACGCGGCGUCUGUUGGUAGCAGUCUCACUGCGCUCUCCUCCAUGUUUGACAGUCUAAAUAAUAUGAACACAACAAGUGCGCUUGCCGCAAAAUCACACAACGUUUCGGAGAAUCUACAUGGCGGCAUAGAAACCAAUAACAAUAACAAUAAUAAUAAUAACAACACAAAUAAGAAAAGCAAUGCAAAUCCGCUUGCUGCACUUCAGAAACUAUGUGAAACUACAGAGAAACCCGCAAUGAAGACGCGUAAUGCCACCAAUGGCAUCAAUCAUCACAACUCACAAUUAUCCGGCAAUAUGAUGGCCUUCAGUUGGGCUUGCAAUGAUGCGGUACGCGAUACGAACGCCGCUGAGUCACCCAUGAUCAAGUGUUCGCAAUGUGAUGCCGUCUUCAGUUCGAAGGGCGCCUAUCGUCAUCACUUCUCAAAAGUCCAUUACAUAAAGGAGGACAGCGAAUUGCAUGCCAUUAAAUCGCCCGCCUCGGCAUGCUCGCCAAAGUCGGCGGGUACAUCACCGAAGAGCACUUCGAAGAGUCCAGUCGGAGCUGGCAGCAUGGGUGCGCCCAUUAUCAAUCCAUAUGGCGAGAGCUCUCAAUCAAAGUUCCUGAAAUAUAGUGAGUUGGCUAAGCAGUUGUCCUCGAAGAAUGCAUAAAUUUAAGUUAGAUAUCCCUCAUGGAAAUAAACUAGAAGUCUAUGGUAAGUCAUAAAUUAGUAAUAUAAGCAUUUGAGGGGUGAGAGAUUUUAUUUUAUUUAUUUAUUUCUUUAUUUAAUUAAAUUUUUUCACUGAAAUAAACUGCAUUCAGUUGCUGAAUUUUCCUAAAAUAGUUUCUUUAAAUAAUUUAAAAAAUCAAUCUUUAUUAACUACAAAUA